GUUUCACCAACACGCCAUGCUUCUGGAGGUGACUGAUUAGUGUCUUUGGGUGCGUGACUGAGUUCUGACGCCUCGUUCAUUUCCAGGAGGAAUCAUGCUGCUCCCCAAAGCACAUUUUCCACCGCGUGUCUCUUCUUGAAGGCGAUGAAAGAACAUACAUAUAUAUUUUUAUUUCUUUUUUCCUUUGGUCCGAAACUAAAAUUUCUCCGCUGGCGUGAAAAGCAGAGGGACUCCCAGCGUCCGGCCGCCUGAUGGACUGCAGGAUGAAAGCCGCCAACCUCUGACCAUCGACGGGACGAGACUAUUCAAGGAUAACAGAUAAGGAGAAGCGCAGGGUUCGUCCUUUAGGAGGUGAUCAGAUAGAGGUGACAGGUAAACAACGCACGGACUCUGCGUAAUUUUAAGGAUUAUGUUGAGAAAUUCACCGCUGUGAGAGCAGAAGCUUGAUCACUUUAUUGGAGUUUGAUCAGCUGAGGUCAAACACAGUCGCAUCCAGCGGUUAAUCCACUUCCAUGCCGCACAGAUUAGCGUGAUUUUUCUUUCCCUAACUCCCCAAGCGGCGCACGGUGCGUGGCUUUCAAGCAUUUGACCCAUCUGAGCCGCGGAGGUACCUGUGCUGCUGCAGCAUGCAGACAUAUGGCGCAAACUGCUGGUAACUAAAGCGGACUCUGCCCCCAGAUUACAGCUCAGAGGCAUGAAGUUGGGAAUCUACAGCGCAGGCUGUGCAAAGAAAGCAAUAACCUUCACGUGAGGCAAUAACGACACAAAGAGGCAUUUCUUCCAAAGAAAGGUGGCGACCUCGCACUGCUUCCAUUUCACCCACACUGUGGAUCUGUGCAGCUCUUCUUCUGCUCAGGACACAUCUGUAUGAGGGGACAGACACACCAGUGACUUUUCCACAUUUCCACAAACAAGCUGCGUCUUCCAUCUCCAGCAUUCAGUUUCAGAUCAGACUCAGACUUCAGUCUUCCUCUUGUUUUAACUGUUAACCACUGGCAGAAGCUGUUACUGGGAUUAUCUGGUGCACUCAGCCUCAGUCAGGGUGUGCCACAGAGUAAAAAUAGAUGAACAAAGGCUCUUUUCGGAGUGACAAGAGGCUGAAACGUGAAACCAGGGCCAGUUCCUCUCUUAGGUAACUCUAGACGCUCUUACUCUGAGAGGUGGAGGGACUCUUUGAAGCUGCAGCUGUCAGGGCUUCCAGGUGCUUCAGAGGUAUCACGACCCUCCUUCCAGCCCCUCCUGUAUCAGUUGGAGACAACAGGAGAAGAAGAAGAGGAGGGUGGACCACACCCAGAGUCCCAGCAGAAAGCAGACCUCCUCCUCUUCCUCGUCUUCCUCCCAGACUUUUAGUUACAGUCAGGACGAGUCAUUGCUCUGAGCUUUUCAUCAACAGCUGGAACAACUGUUGUAGACCUGUGUUGUCAGCUUCUGUGUGUGUGUGUGUGUGUGUUUUCUGCUCUGAAGUGUGAGUGUGUGUUUUUGACGCACCCGUGAGACGCCGCUGCUCCUCUUUCCACUAUCAGGAUGUCUGCAGUGCACGGGAUGCUGCUGCCUCUGACCCUCCUGGCACUUCAAGCAUCUCUGUGCUGUGGAGCUUGUGUGGAGGUGGACUCGGACACAGAGGCUGUGGUCAACAAAGGCUUCAAACUGGGCUGCAUCUCCUGUAAGAUGAGAGCCGAGGUGCCGGCCACCGCCACCGUCAACUGGUACUUUAGAGCUUCGGAUGAGACCGAGUUCAAUCAUUUCUACAUCUAUGAAAACAUAGCAGGGGAGAUCACCAACACUCGCUUCCAGGAUCGUCUGGUCUGGAGAGGCAGCAACCGAACCAACGACCUGCAGGACGGCUCCAUCUACAUCCUCAACGUCACCUUCAACGACACCGGAACCUACUUGUGCAUCGUUGAGCGAACCCUCAUAUACACCAACUACGAGUAUCAAACCAACACGAGCAAGACUAUAAAGCUAAACGUGGUGCCACGAUUCGCCAGGGGGAUGGCAUCCAUCUUGUCUGAGGUGAUGAUGUACGUCUCCAUCAUCGGGCUGCAGCUCUGGCUGGUGGUGGAAAUGAUCUACUGCUACAGGAAGAUCUCAGCAGCGGGAGAGGAGGCUCUGAGAGAGAGCGCGGAGGAGUACUUAGCUAUAGCAUCAGAAAACAAAGAUAACUGUGCAAGUGUACAAGUGGCUGAAUAGCGCUGGUCGAGGAAGAAUUUAAGGCAGCUUCCUUGAGGGCUUCCACAUCCACCUCUUCCUCUCUUCCUACCACAGUCACUCAGCUGCCUCCAUCCUCUCCAGACGGUGGACAAUGGAAACAAAAAGUGGGGACAGAUCUUCAUGGAAAGGGUUUUUUUAUGUGACUCUGCAGGAUGGAUGCACCAGAGGAGGAGAGCUGAGCUGUAAAUAUGCAAACAGUUCUGCACAGAUCGUUGAUCACAUGCAGAUUAUCACAAGCCCAUGUUGUAUAUUCCCCGUCUGCAUGCUGACAAACUUAUCAAACAGCCGACAUGAAGAUGUGUCACAUUUCUAACAGUUUAGUUUUAUCUCACGUGAGGCUUUUAUCUAGUCUUUCCUCCAUUAAACUAACACAGCUGUUGUGCAAAUUAAAACUUCUCAUCAUGAUAGUAUAAAGAAAAUAACAACAAAAGAUUUGGACCAAACUUAUUUACCUUUUAAGACUAGUCAUAAAGAAAUAAAUAAAUUCAAAUAAUAUUUCUUAUUCUUACAAUUUAACUGCAGAGGAAAAUGUUUUGCUUUGCUGCUUAAUAUUUAAUAUAACGCUUAAAUAUUUCUACUGAAUUAUAUUUAAAUGUUAAUGAAAGCAGCUCGAAAAGGCACGAAGACUGAAACAGAGCAGGAUUAUAAUCCGUGCAGCAACAUAAUGAAGGAAUGUCGGCUCAAAGCUGCUGUUAGAGGAUGAGAAGAGAGCAGACCGGAAACAAAACACCGUGACAACAUGAGAAGAGAAGAAGCAUCAUCUUCACACCUCUGUUCAGCCCAAGAAACAAGACUUGGACUGAAGCUGUGAAGUUGAUGUUUGCUUUCUGCAGCUCAGGCUGCUGGAUAAAGAAACAGCGACACCUGGUGGCCGAUAUUCAAACGACACGACGUGCAGCGCAGAUCGUUUUCAGGAAGAGACAGAAGUUCUCUAUUAACACAGGACUGCAGUAAUAGUCCUCUCCCAGUAAAUGUUCUGCAAUGUCAAAGAAUACCAACAAAAAAUACAGAAAGAAGUGCAGUAAAAUGCUCCGUCCAUCUUUUUCUCCUGUUUUAUUUUAUUACACAAAGCAAGUAUUUUAAUUAGUCUGAGAUUCAUUUUCUGUACCUGCUCAUUAGCCAGGUCUCUGUUUCUGGUUUUACGGGCUUUUAGAAGAUGGAAGUAAAGGUGUUUCAAAGAAGACUUGAUGCACAUUAGAGGGGGAGAGUUGAACAAACUAAAAGAAAUUAACACUGCUGGUUGUGUUGGACCCGACACGUCAGAAAAGCUGUUGUUCAGUCACAUCAGUUUAUCAAGUCGUCUCAUUUUACUGAGACGAUUAAACACUUUUUAAAUCAACUUUCUAAAAAACUGAUUAUUACUACCUGAAGACAUUUAAACAUUUCAGUCUCAAUUUUCUGCCUGGUGAAAACAAACAAACAAAAAAGGGGAAAAGAGUCAGUAAAUCAGAGGAUUUGAUCCUAGACUAGACGUGUCCAGUGCCUCCCAGAGCGAAGCCAUCCAGGGAAAGGAUGAGAUGAAGCCUCGCUACAGAUGCUGAAUAAACAGCUGGAUUUAAUGGCAUGAUGAAUCUAAGCAAAGGGUGCACUGUGACUUUUGCAACACAAACUCAUCAGUUAUACAGAAAAAGGAGUAAAAUCACCUUUGACUAUCAUGUAAACUCUUCCUACUGAGUGUUUGAGUCUUUACCUGCUCAGGUAAAUGUGCUCUUCUAAUCCUGUUCUGGUGUUUUCCUUCAUGAAACUGCAGUUUUCUCCUCAUGUAGCUGCUCUUUUGUUGCUUCUCACAAUAAAGAAAACAAUGAUUCA